UUCAAUGUUGGUGAACAUGCCUCCCCGUGCACGAACUCAGAAGAAGUUGGGCAGCAUUUGUGAGCUGCAAACAGUGUCUCUGAAGAGUCCACUGGGUGUUAUUCACAUAAGCUGCUGCCGAGAAGGAAUACACACCAUCGAGCUCAAGCCAGACUACAAAGAGUGUGGGUGUGGGUGUGUGUGCGCAGAUGAUCAACUGAAGCUGUUCCCUGAGUGUGUGAGCUGCGUAGCAUGGCUGAAGGCGUAUUUCAAAGACCCAAACUCCACACACACCCUACCUCUGCCUUAUAUACACCAUCCCAUUCUACAGGGAGGGUCAUGGACAGCGUGUGUAUUGCGUACACUGCAGAGCAAAGUGUGUGUGGGUGAGGUGGUGUCGUAUGCACACCUCGCCCAGCUGGCCGGAAGACCCAGGGCUGCACGCGCUGUUGGUGGAGCCAUGCGCAAGAACCCGGUCCCUCUGCUGAUUCCAUGCCAUCGAGUGUGUUUGAGCAGCGGAGUGGCGGGGCACUACAUGGGUUGCCGUGGUGACCAUCUCAAACUCUGGCUGUUGGAGCAUGAGAAGAAUAAUACCUCACAGUGAUAUGCACAUGUACACACACACAUAUUCACACAUACACAUACACAUACACAUACACAUACACAUACACAUGUACAUGUACAAGUGUGCGUUCAUGGAUGUGGUUUUGCACACACACAUACCCGCAAGCAUUCAUGGAUUCAACCACAGUUAUUUUAGGUGAAAUUGUUUUUUACACCACCAAGAUUCAACCACAAUUAUAUUUUUAUGGUGAAAUAGUUAAUAUGUUUUUUUUUUUUUUUUUACAAAAUCCAGAUUUAACCACAAUUAUAUUUUUAGAAUUGGUGUAGUUAUGUUCAGUAUGUUUAUG